GUGUGUGUGUGCUGUAGGUGUUGCUUCUCACAGCAACAACGAGCUCUGCCAUUACUGCUGCUACUGCUGUUGCCGCUGCCGGAUUGCCGCUUGGUUAUGGACCCGAACCGAAGAACAUCUGCGAUUCAUCUCCGAGAUAGCAGUGAUGCUGCUGCAGCAGGUGCAACAGCGGCGGCACCGACAGCAUCAGAAGCAGGAGAGGAAGCUCUAUCGAUCCCCCUCCUGCCUUCCUCCUACUCGGCGACGACGCCAGCAGGAUCUCUUCCGCCAAGGCGGCACAAGCGGCGCGGCAGCAGCUCGGCCGCUGCUGCUCGAGAGACGGCCUUAAAAGCACCUCUGUUACCGUCUGGAGGAGCCCAGAAGAGAUCAGGAGGAAGCGGAGGAGCCAGGCCGCUAACCUCAUCUCCGACUGCCCCUGCGGACGCCUCUCGCGGGAGCCGACACUACCGCGUCCGCAGCGCCAGCAGCGGCGGCGGCGGAACAGCUAGCAGUAAUAGCUCCUCCGUUGCCCCUGGGGGCGCUAGCGAUGGCCGCCGCCGACUCCUGAGAACACAGCGGUUGCUCUGGGCCUUCUGGCGGCGGCGGAGGGCGCUGGCGGCGAGCCUCCUCGGCGCCCGCUUGGAGAUCGGCGGCCUCUCGAGGCGUGCCCGACAUCAUCCCUGGGGCCGGCGGCUGGCCACCGCCGGCGCCGUCCUCCUCGCCGCGGCGAUCUGGUUCGCAGUGAUCGUCGCCGUUGCCGGGCCGGCGACCGGAGGGAAAGCUGCCGGCGCCAACAACAAGGGCGACGACAACGCUAACGGCGGCGGCAGGGGCGAAGACAAGGGCGCCGCCGACGCGAGCCGGCCGUACUACCGGCGAAUACCGGGAGAGUUUGCCGUGGGGCCGUCGCAGGCGGAUCCCUGGAUGGUGCGGGAUAUCGAGAUCGCGACCGCCGAGUGGGGGUUCGAGGGCGGCAGCGGCGGCGGCGGCGACGCCUCCUCGGAAGACGACGGCCGCGGCGGCGAUGCGGCGGAAAUUGAUUCGACGGAGGGCGGAGAGGACGAGGCGGCGGGAUCGCUGGGGCUGGGGCGGAGGAGCGGCAGAAGAGGGACGGAGUGGGACGGGCGAGUAAACAGCGUAGUCCUGGGGGAGCUGGAACCGGUAGGCACGGCGAAGACAAGGCCAAAGGUCGACCUUUUGCUUACGAUCUUCUCGGGCACAACGGAGGUAUGGAAGGAGUUGCGAAUCUCAUGUUCCGGCGGGAGGUGGUAG